AUGACCGCCCACGGUGGUGGUGGUGGUGCCGCUAGGCAUGAGGCUAAUCAUGGCAGCGAGUCACAUCUCAACAUUGUCAUCAUAGGUGGCGGCGUCAUCGGCGUCUCUAUAGCUUACUAUCUCACCCGUCACCAGGCCUACUCUCCCUCCCGUCAUCACAUCACCCUGCUCGAGGCCACGUCCAUAGGAGGUGGUGCCUCGGGCAAAGCGGGUGGCCUCCUCGCCCAGUGGGCGUACCCGGCCAGUCUCGUGUCUCUCAGCUUUGACCUCCAUGCCGAGCUGGCUGCCAAACAUGACGGCGCCAAGGCCUGGGGAUUCCGCACCAUACGCUGCGGCAAGAUCACGGCGGGAGACCGUGACCUGGACAAGGAACAGCGCAGAGCCAGCAGUAACGGGGACUGGCUGUCGUGGGCUCGCACGAUGAUCCCGUGGGCGCCUCUCGGGAAGCAGAGAGAGCUCAACAAAGACCCCCAGGGCACAGCACGUGUCGACCUGCCAGAGGACCUCGAUUGGUUCCGCGCGGAUGGCAUCUCAAAGUACGAGGACAUCGCGCCGCGGAAGGAGACGGCCCAGGUCCAGCCCUACCUUUUCACCUCAGUGAUGGCCAAGCUUGCCGAGAAAGAAGGCGUCAAGGUCAUCCAGGAAGCGGCAGUGGAGGAGAUUGAAUCCGUCGUCGAGGACGGUGCCGAGGUCGUCAAGGGCGUCCGCUACAUCCACAAACCCACCGCACAGUCGAUAUCCAUGCCUGCGGAUAUCGUCAUUCUAGCCGCGGGCCCAUGGACGCCCGCGCUGCUCCCCUCAGUGCCCAUCCGCGCGUUACGAGCGCACAGUGUCACCAUCAAGCCCAACCGUCCCCUCUCAGCCUACUGCCUCUUCACCGACAUCACCGUCCCUUCAGAUGAAGCCGCCUCACCCCUCCACACAGCAUCCGUCCACGACCCUGCCUCGGCCGCAAGGGACUACCUCUCCGAGCCCGAGAUGCAGAGUGGCUCGCGGCCGUUUGUGCGCGUUGUGAGCCCGGAGAUCUACUCCCGCCCCAACAACGAGGUGUACAUCGCGGGAGAGAGCGACGAGCGUGUGCCGCUGCCAGCCGGCACUGACGAGGUCGAGAUCGACCAUGCGGCGUGCGACCUGAUCGAGCAGGCCGUCGCGAGCAUUUCGGACGAGCUUCGCGACGGAGUCGUGACGCGUAGGAGGGCGUGUUACCUGCCGACCGUGGAUGUGCCCUCGGGGAACCCUCUGAUUGGAAGCACUUGGAUAGACGGAUUGCUGCUUGCCUCCGGGCAUAGCUGCUGGGGAAUCCACAAUGCGCCGGCAACGGGCAAGGUUAUUAGCGAGCUGGUUUUCGAUGGGAAGGCGACGAGUGCCGACAUUUCUGCUCUGGAUCCUAGAAUGGUCAUGUAG